AUGGUGGAUGUCACAAAAUGGCCACUUUUCAGUCUAAUGGCACCCCAGGAGCUGGCCUGCAUAUGGAAAGCAUGUGUGUUCGGAGCUGCCGCCAACGAGGCCAUAUACAUAACAAGUGAUGACGAGGUGUACGUAUUUGGCCUGAACUGCAGCAACUGCCUGGGCACCGGAGACAACCAAAGCACCAUCGUACCCAAGAAGCUGGACUUCCUGAGCGGCAAGAAGGUGAUCAGCAUGAGCUACGGCAGCGGCCCGCACAUACUGCUGGCCACCGAAGGCGGCGAACUUUUCGCAUGGGGGCACAAUGUUUACUGCCAGUUGGGAAACGGGACCACAAACCAAGGGCUUUUGCCGGUGCUCGUGUCGACCAAUCUGCUCAACAGGAAGGUGACCGAGGUGGCCUGUGGCUCACAUCACUCUAUGGCACUCACUGAAUUUGGAGAGGUGUUCGCAUGGGGUUACAACAACUGCGGACAGGUGGGUUCCGGUUCCACGGCCACUCAGCCUCACCCGCGUCGCGUUUCCAGUUGCCUUCAGAACAAGCUGGUGGUCACCAUCGUCUGUGGGCAGACCUCAUCCAUGGCGGUGGUGGACAACGGCGAGGUUUACGGUUGGGGCUACAACGGGAACGGACAGCUGGGAGUGGGGAAUAACAGCAACCAGCUGACUCCCAAUCGACUCACGGGUUUGCAGGGUUUAUGUGUCCAACAGGUGAGUGAAGACUAUAGCCAGGGGUGCACAUAUUUUUUUUGCCCAGGUUCUCAGAGGAGGACCCACCGUAAUUGUACCCUACGUUGGCUGUUAUUUUUACUCCAGAUUGUGUGCGGUUACGCGCAUUCAUUGGCGCUGACGGAUGAAGGCGACCUGUACGCGUGGGGCGCCAACACGUACGGGCAACUGGGCACGGGAAACAAAAGCAACCAACUGAGUCCCGUUCAGAUUAUGGGCGAGAAAGGAAGAAUAGUGGAGGUGGCCGCCUGUCACUCCACGCAUACUUCAGCCGCCAAGACGCAGAGCGGCCAGGUGUACAUGUGGGGCCAGUGCAGGGGACAGUCUGUCACGCUGCCCUACCUCACGCACUUUACCUGCACGGACGACGUCUUCGCCUGCUUUGCCACGCCCUCCGUCAUGUGGAGGCUUCUGUCCGUAGAGUUGGAUGACUUUCUGACGGUGGCGCAGUCUCUCAAGAAGGAGUUUGACAACCCGGAAACGGCCGACCUCAAGUUCUGCGUGGAUGGCAAAUACAUCUACGUCCACAAAGCAGUUCUAAAAAUCAGGUGCGAACACUUCCGCUCCAUGUUCCAGUCGCACUGGAACGAAGACACGAAGGACGUGAUCGAAAUCGACCAGUUCUCCUUCCCGGUUUAUCGCUCCUUUCUGGAGUUCCUCUACACCGACAACGUGGAGCUGCCGCCCGAGGACGCCAUCGGCCUUCUGGACCUGGCGACGUCCUACUGCGAGAACCGCCUGAAGCGUCUGUGCCAGCACAUCAUCAAGAGCGGCAUCACGGUGGAGAACGCCUUCACGCUCUUGGCGGCGGCCGUGCGAUACGACGCGGAGGAUCUGGAGGACUUCUGCUUUAAGUUUUGCGUCAACCACUUGACACAAGUGACCCAGACGGACGCCUUCGUCCAAAUCGACGGCGACUUGUUGAAGGACUUCAUAUGUCGAGCCAGUCGCUGCGGAGCCUUCAAGAAUUGA